GCACACGCAGCCCGCCGCGCGUAGCGUGCGUCAGUCUUUGUAUAUCCGCCGUGGACUGCACACGAUGACACGGUGAACAAAGAACGCAGCUGUGAUGCGCUAAAAGCGAGACAAUUCCACCUUAAAUGCCGUCGCGAGCGCCAUUUUCGGUCCACCUUAAGCGCACAACGUAGCGGACGAACGGCGAAGUGCCGAGCGGGCUUCCGUAGCGGUCCUCCAGCCGGGGAGUGAUCGCACUCCGCUUCCAGCUUUGACACAGCAGCGCCACUUGAGGAACAACAAAUACACACGUUCUCGGGCCGAACCCCAAGGAGGAACAUGUCUGGACCCAGCAAGUACCGAGAGUGGAUCCUGGAAACCAUCGACUCUCUUCGCUCGCGGAAAGCGCGUCCGGAUCUGGAAAGGAUUUGCCGAAUGGUCCGAAGGCGACACGGGUCAGACCCGGACCGAACCAGGGCAGAACUGGAAAAACUGAUCCAAGAGCAGACUGUGCUUAAAGUUAGCUAUAAGGGCUCCAUCUCGUACCGGAAUGCGGCCAAGGUGCAGAGGAAAAGCAGAAAGAAGAGUGAAGACCCUGUGAGCAACAACAACGGCGACAGCGCGCUCAGCUUCACCGACCAGGAGGACGACUCAGAGCCCAGCCCGUCUCAACUGGCUGAGGCCAGCAAUAAGCGCGGCGCUCCCUCCAGCCCGAGGAGCGGAAACAGGAGCAUCAGCGGCGACGGGCCGGCAACGGCCCGUCUUGUAGAUGAAGAGAACGCAAGUGCAGCCGCGGGAGCACAGGAAGUCCGUCCUGGUAGCGGCCGCAACGAUGCACUUGGGCGAGACAAGCAGCCGUCCGUGGAUGAUGCCCCCAACCAAACUUGCGUGGGGGGCGCCAGCACACGCAAGCACGCAGUGGCCCCUCAGCCCCAACUUCCAGGGGAGGGAGGUGGCAUCGGAUCCGACUUGGACCUGGGCGACCGGGUGGUGGCUUCGGUCCGCAGCCUGUCCGAGAGGAGCCACCGGGGGGGCGACGCCGCCGCUGCCGGUGGCAAAGGCCCCGUGAAGCCACUGGGGCUCAAGGAGAUUUUGGGCUACCUGGGCAGCCAGGAGCGUCUCUUUGAGGAGAAGCUGACUAGGGGCAAAGUCAAAGUGGUCAUGGAGAGAGAGGUGGCCCGGGGUAGGCUGCGCAGGACCCGCUGCGGGAACAUUACUCUUCCUCUGAGGGGAAUGACGACGACGGAGAAUCUUGCAAAGAGCGCGCUGCAGCCUGCGAGAAAGGAGAUGGAAAAAGCCAGUGAAAAGGAUGGUGUGCAGGAAGUGAAUGAGGAUCCCAGGAGUUCUAAUGCGGAAGAAGGACAAUCCCUGGUCGCCAUGACAACCAAAGCAGCUCCAAUUGGGAAAGCCAGUGAAGAUAGCGAGAUCUGGAAAGCGUCGGAAGAGGAGAGCUUCUGUCAUCCGCAUCGGGACGAAGUUAUGGAUCCCCUCAGUAGGAAUGGGUGUUCACCUUCUUUGGGUGCUCCUCCAUCUAUGUGCUUUACAACAUAUGUGGAAAAAAGAUCUGGGAUACCUGAUCAGCAACUUAUGGAUACGCAGAGUCAGAGCCACACGCAGCACACCCGGUCAGGCUUCAACGGGAAUCAAACUUUUUGGAGGUCAGGUAUUGAAUGUAAGCCAGAAGCAGGUGUGUCGUCAUGCCUACUCACACCCACCGCCUCCCCGAGAGACACUGGCCUUUCUGAAGAACAAGAGAUGAACGAUGGCGUUAAUAAUGGAGGGUUUGUAAAGAUGGGAGGGGCCGGGGGGAGCCCGGUGGACUGGACUGUGGCUGAUGUGGUCGCUUAUUUUACAAUAGCUGGUUUCCCUGAGCAGGCCGCUGCCUUUGGUACACAGGAAAUCGAUGGGAAGUCUCUUCUCCUCAUGCAGCGUAAGGACGUUUUGACUGGCCUGUCAAUCAAGCUUGGCCCCGCUCUCAAGAUUUACGAGCAUCACGUGAAGGUUUUGCAAAAAACACACUUUGAAGAUGAAGAAUGUUCAUGAAAGACACAAACUAUGAAACUGGGAAAAAAAAUGCACGGAACAUUUACACAAUGCCAGGCAUACACUUAAAUUAUUGAGAAUGACAAAGACUGUUUCAAAAACAAUUUCUCUGUCAAACUACCCCAUUCUUGGUUUAUGGGUGCAUAUAGUUUAUCCACUCGUCCUUAUUCUACACUCAAAACUACUGGGUUAAUUGUUAUAUAAAAAAAAAAAAAUCAGUUAAGUGGCUAUUGAUUUACGCCUUUUAUAUGCACCAAGAGUUUUGGGACAAUCCAAUCCAAACUGCAGCAGGAGUAUUCCUGUGGUUUGUACUUUUGAAAGUGUAAAACAGCAUGAAGCCAAAUAAUGCAAUUGUUUGUGCUAAUGUGAAUUUAAGGCAGAGACUAUUAUUGUACAAGAACAUGUUGCCAAAAUGAUCUUGAAAGCGUUCAUUGCUAAUCUGUUAUUUGAUUCAGCGUGUUAUGUCAUGUUGUGUCAGAUUGAUUUUCAACCUUGUUAGAACUGAAAUGAAAAAAACAAAAUGAAGAAUUAUUUUUUUGAAAAAAAAAAAUACAUCAUCCUUUUACCCAAGUGUACCUAAUAUUGUGGCUGAGGAUUGAUUUUUCAAACUGAAAUGAAAACAACUAAAUAAAGAUUUUUUGGGGGGUUAAAA